GCCGCCUCGCUCGGCGGUGCCUCUGAGCCGGUGGGGCGGCCGGGCGGGGCGUCCCGGGCAGGUGGCACCGGCGGGGAGCUGGGCCGAGCCGAAUCGAGUCGAGUGCGGCCCGCGGUGCCGGCAUGGUGUUACAGGAGCCCGCCGGGGCGCCGAGUUUGUCUGCGGCGGGAGGGGCCGCUGAUGCCACCGCUGAGGUGCGGCUGUCCCGGCUUCGCUGGGCCGUGCUGCUGCUCUUCAGCAGCUACUCCCUGUGCAACGCCUUCCAGUGGAUCCAGUACGGCAGCAUCAGCAACAUCUUCAUGCGCUUCUACGACGUGAGCGCUUUCGCCAUCGACUGGCUUUCCAUGAGCUACAUGCUCAUCUACAUCCCCCUGCUCUUCCCUGUCGCCUGGCUGCUGGACAAGAGGGGCCUGCGCCUCAUCGCCGUGGCUGGCUCGGCCCUCAAUGCCGUGGGUGCCUGGGUGAAGCUGGGCAGCCUGAAGCCUCACCUCUUCCCCGUCACCGUCCUGGGGCAGGUCAUCUGUGCCCUGGCCCAGGUCUUCAUCCUGGGCAUGCCCUCACGCAUCGCCUCCGUCUGGUUUGGCUCCCACGAGGUCUCCACYGCCUGCUCCAUUGCGGUCUUUGGGAAUCAGCUUGGGAUUGCUGUGGGCUUCCUGCUCCCUCCAGUUCUGAUUCCUAAUGUGGAGGAUGUGGACAAGCUGGCCUACCACAUCAGCAUCAUGUUCUUCAUGACUGCAGGUGUGGCAUCAGCCCUGUUCAUCCUGGUCAUCAUAGUUUUCAAGGAGAAACCCCCGAACCCUCCAAGCCGAGCUCAGGCCUCGAUCCAGUCAAGACUGACKGUGGAGUAUUCCUACAUGCAGUCGAUCCUCAAUCUGCUCUGCAAUGCCAACUUUUUGCUGCUUAUGGUCACUUAUGGUCUGAAUGUAGGUUGUUUCUACGCCUUGUCCACUCUGCUGAACCGCAUGGUGAUCCRUCACUACCCAGGGGAGGAGGUGAAUGCUGGCAGGAUUGGACUCACCAUUGUACUGUCGGGGAUGGCUGGGGCUCUGAUCUCCGGCAUCUGGUUGGACAGAACCAAAACCUACAAGCAGACAACACUAGUUGUCUAUAUCAUGUCUCUGGUGGGAAUGAUAGUCUAUACCUUCACUCUGAGCCUGGGCCACCUCUGGGUGGUCUUUGUGACUGCUGGCUCGCUGGGGUUUUUCAUGACAGGAUACCUUCCCCUGGGCUUUGAGUUUGCUGCAGAGCUGACAUACCCAGAAUCGGAAGGAACAUCRUCAGGGCUCCUUAAUGUCUCAGCACAGAUUUUUGGUAUUGCCUUCACCAUUGGCCAAGGGCAAAUCAUCGAGCACUUUGGGACAAAGGCAGGAAACCUCUUGCUUUGUUCCUUCCUCUUCCUGGGGGCCAUUAUGACAGCAUUCAUUAAGGCUGAUCUCCGAAGGCAGCAGGCCAGUUUGGAAAAUGAACAGACAAGACUCCAAGGCAGCAAUCAAAUCAUGGAUUAUGGGACUGUAGCUUGUAACUCUAACCCCAUCAAUUCCCACUCCUGCUCACUAGCUUAUACACAUCAAGAAAGUGUUGCCAGAAGAUUACACUAGUUCCAAAGUCAUUGAGGAAUCACGGCUGUGAAAUGAAGGGGUGGCAGAGCUGGGACAUACAGCCCCCCUCAUUCCCAUCUUUUCUACCUGCACCAUCCUCCUGUGACAUGCACCCCAUAGCAGGGAGGCAGCCUCAGGACAGGAGCCCAGCGAACUGCUGGUGGAGAGUGUGAAAGAGCAAAACAAGAGGGGGGGUUGCUCUUUUCAGUUUUAUCUUUGCAUCUUGCUGUUUUGGAGACUUCAGUGUUUGGAAGGAAAAGUUGGGAGAGUCUGCUGUGUCCCCCCCAGUCCCACCAUGUAUGCUUGGGAAAAGCACAUGUACUGAAAAAAAAGCCACAGUACAAGGCUAACCCUGAGCAUGAUGGUGGCACCUCGCAUGUGGCUGUGACAUGAAAGGCAGAAGCUGGACACACUUGCUCUGUAAGCAGCCCUGGAAGAGCUUUCAACUGGCUCUCAGGAAGAGGGACUGCUCUGCCUUAGUUCCCAUGGAUGCUCUGUGUUGCACAGGUGGUAGCGGAGGCCUCAGUACACUACCAAGUUCAAAGCAGUGCACUGGCUGCUGCCAGCUGGUUUUAUUGUUUAUCUUUCCCAAAUGAAGCACUUAUAGUUUGGAAAAAMCUCUGCUCAGAAUUCACUAAGGUUGCCCUUAUGUUCCUAAAUACUAGGAGUAAUUAAGAGAUACCAAUAUGCCUCCUAUGUCAAGGCAAGGACUAGUUCUGCAGCCUAAAUCUAGCUCAUCACUACAUUAGCAAUAAGAGUCAAACCACAUGUUCCCUGGGCUGAAGACUGUGUCUUCCUCCUCCACAAUAAAGUGCCUUUUGCAUGUUUCAACACUACAUACAAAUUUUUGUGAAGUGUUAUAUUGAGAAAACCAGCCAARGCUGUGUUGCUCUUUACAGCCACAGAGCGUGGUAUGAUGGGAAUCCAGAUUUGCUCCAGUGUGGGAGCUUCUAAUUUCAUAACAGAUAACAGGAGGUGCUCACUUACCAGCAUUUGUGUCUUACAGACACUGCCCAUUUGUA